UUCCUGUCUAAUUUCCUGGAUACAUGACGCCAUUGACACAAAUCUGUUACUAGGACCGAUAUUAUGAAAGCCCUGUUUUUAGUGUUUAUUUUAAUAUACUCUGAAAACACUUGCUCCAAUGCAUACAGUGAGAACAAUAGCGACUUUAGCAAUACAACUGACUUGAUUGGACUACAGAAUUUCUCGGAAUUAAUGGACAGUACCACCGUUUCGUUGCCAACAUCAACAGAUACUUUGCCCACUGAAACAGACACUCCAUUCCCAGGUCAAACUGGACUGAGCGAGACCACUCCUGGAAAUGAGGCAAAAGAUCUUCCUACAAACAACACAAAGUGCGCCUACAGUCGCUCCACGGGAACCUCAUCAACUUUUCAGUUCUCUACCUAGCCCAGAUUAUUCUGUUUCCAGCCUGUGCCCAUGUAAUCAGCACCAUUGGGAAUGUGAGGUGAACUGCUGCUGUGAUCCUGAUUGCACAGAAGAAGUAUCUCUCUUCACUUCCUGUUCCGUUGAGAAAGUCAUUGUCAGCCCUAAAUUGUGUAGUCAAGAUGUGGCUUCCUAUUCCUUGAGAACCAGUCCAGAUGGUUAUGCCAGUGUGCAGUCCUCUGUUGAUCGAGAGGUCAACUCGGGACUAUUCUGCAUACAGAAAGCCAACUAUGAUGCAGGCUUGUCUUAUGCCACUCCAGAGGUGCCCACAGAUGUCAAUUUUGACUCCCUCUUCCAUCAGUUUGUUGGAUUUUUCUUCAGCACUUCUGAAGGGAGCAGUGGGUCAAACCAACAGGAUCCAGGACUCUCAUUUGGAUACCUUUAUGGUGAUACAAUCCUAACCGAAGAUGAGAUGGGACAGAGAGGGAACUUCCUCCUGCCUGCUUCAGCUGGGACUGCCUAUUGCUUAGAUGCAAACCCUGCAGCAUUUCUACAGGAUCAGAAAACCACAUGUAUGCGAAACUUUGACUUGGUAAAUGACUGCACCACACUGGGUGCAUUAAGCUUGCAGAGCUAUAAUGGUUUCCAAGUUGUCUCGAGCGAAAUUACUCUUGCCACUCUGAUACCAGUGGAGGUGAUAUCCAUUCUCCUGCAGUCUUUGGAAGGUGUGCAGACUCCAGUGGAUCCCUCUGACAACUCUAGCUACACUCCUCAAUUAGUGAACCCGACAGGUGCUGCCUCUCCUGUGUGCAAUAACGUGGUGUUUCAGGUCCAGUAUGUAGUUGUGUUCAGCGACGUCGGGGAAAUUAAGAAUGUGACCACAGCAUUUAUCCUGGGUGCAGUCAGGAACAAUAUGAUCCCACUGCAGCAAACUUUUCAGAUUGAAUUUGUGCAGGAGUAUGUGAAAAAACCAUUAUUCAGAUUCAGUGGCAAUCCUGGGUACAUAGUAGGAUUACCUAUAAUUGCUGGCACAAAAACAGCAAAUGGGAUUUCAUUGAGAACUGACCCCAAGGCAGGUCUCACAGUCAUCCAUAGUUCCAGGGGUCAGGACUGCCUGUCAGGUAGCAUGGAUCGCUCUCCUGUACUCUUUGGAGUAGAUACAGUGUCUGGCUGCACCCUCAGGUUGACAGAUGCUUCCAACUGCUCAGUUCUUUCUGAGACUCUCAUAGGUGUUCUUAAAGGAAAGAACUUUCCAGACUAUGUGGCUUCUUUUGGAAAUUCCCCUCCUAAGUACACUUUGGACUGGGUACCAAUCAAGAACCAAACUACAGCAUCAGGUUCCAGAGAGUGUAACGUACCACUGUCUCUUCACCUUGAAGUGAGAUGGACCAAGUAUGGGUCCCUGGUGAAUCCCCAAGCACAAAUUGUCAGUGUGACUGAAAUAAUUGAAACCAAUACUAGCAGCCUGGUCCUCCUAUCAGGUGCCAAUGGCUUUGUGCCUGUCACCACCUCUGUGGCGUUUGUGGAUGUGUCUGCACCAGCAGAGCCUGGUUACAGGGUGCCACCUACCAUCGAUGCCAAGCUGCCCUUUGACUUCUUCUUUCCCUUUGUGUGACAGAUGUAGGGUAUGUCUCUUAUAAGGUCAAGGUCUGUGUUCAUAAAACAACUCAUAGAGCAGAUGUGAAAGGAUAUACUGGAGCACAAGGAGGGUUUAUCAAGGUUAUAGUUUUAUUCUAACUUACACAGUGGUUUUGCUGCUGGCACUAGCAGAUAGUCAAGUCAAUAGGUUUACAAUUCGUAAUAUACUAAAUAGUGCUCUAUUUCGGCAAGUUCACUAAUGUGGAAAUCCAGUUUAUUGAUGUACCUGUUUUGGAUCAAAAUGAGAUCCAUCUAUCCUAUUUUGUGUUGACUUGUAUCUUACAUCAACCUUUGUUUUCUAAGACUCAAAGGACUUUACCUACCUCAACACAGUUCUGCAAUGAUAGGACUAAGAGACGACAUCUGUAGGUCAAGGAUGUUUCGUUUGAUUAUGAGCAUGCACAAGUACACUAUACAUGUGUCUACAUUAGAUACAUGUAUGAAUUAUUUUGUAAACUUUGUGAAUAUGUGUGUGCUGAUAUGUUUUGUAUAUAUUGCAAUAAAUUACUUUGAUCACA